UGCCUCUGCCUCUGCCUCUGUGUCUUUAGUCCUAUGCUUUUGCUUUUGCUUUUGCUUUCAGGCAUUAAUUAGUUAUUAUUUAUUUAUUCCGUUUAUUCGUUUUCCAUUUUCAUGUAAUUUCGUUUGGGGAAAGCGGCGGCGGCCAAACUGGAAAUCUCCUGAUCCUUCCCUCUAUUUUUUUCCUUUUCCUUUCCCUUUCUCUCCUCCAUCCUUUCUCCCUCCCUCCUCCCUCUUCUCCUUUUCUUCCCUUCCCCUCCCAUCAGGGGCCAUUCUGCCCUCCCUCACUUCUCCCAGGAUAUUGUGCGUGUGCGUGUGUGUGUGUGUGUGUGUCUUUUUGAGAAGAGAUCAAUCUUACCAGAUCAAUCUCUCCGAAAUGGAGUAUUCCGGAACUACGGUCCUGAACCCCGUGCGGCCCGAUCACUCCUUAUGGGGAAGAAGCACACCGCAAUCUCAGAUUAUCAUCAACCCCUCGCAGUCCUCGGCCGCCAUUAAGCCCGACCCCAUCACUAUCCCUAUCACCACCACCACCACCACCAACACGACCACCACCAUCACCGCUACCGCUACCGCUACUGCCCUGAUCAUGAAUAAAGAUUCGCCCUCGCAGUCCCUUUCUCAAUCCACCUCGGUCGACAAACCCAUUCUGCCCAUGGAACCCACCCACCCCGGUCGCGGCAAACAACUCACCAUUCCCGAGCAAGUAUGUCUUGUCAAACUAUGUGCCGCCUCCAUGGAUGAUUACGAUGCCCACGCCUACCCCAAGAGUUUCUGGAUCAAGAUUGCCAACACCCUCGAGAUGCGGACCGGCCGUCGCUACUCCUGGCAAUCCUGUCGUCGUCGCAUCUACACCUACGUCGCCAAACGCUCCGCUUACUAUGAAUCCUUCCGACAAGGUCGCCCCCAUCCGACUAUCGACAUUCCCAAGGAAGUCCUCGGCCUGUUGAACCAUUGGAUCAGCGACAUUGACCGGGCCAAGUACACUGAGAACCGCCCGGCCGAGGAAGUGCGGACCAAGCCCAAGCCCGUUGCUCCGGUCGCUGCACCCGUGCACAAGGAGACUCCCACGGCCCAGCCCGCGGCGCGGAUUACCCUCCCCGAACAUGAUAUGGUGGUCACCAUGAACCGGGUAUAUACCUGGCUCCGGAAUCUCCCACCCCCGGAGGAGAUGGAGCAGAUGGCGAUGUGGGGCGAAGAACCGAAGGUCGCUGCCGCUCCAGUGCGAACACGGGGUGAUAUAUUCGCUGCCUUCGCUCGCCCACUAAGCCGAGAUACCACCCCGCAGCAAACGCACCGGUCGCUCUUGGGAGUCGGGGACCGCCUCGGUCAAACAACUGCCCAGCGUUUGGCGGAGGAAAGAACCAGCUCCCCCUCGCAGGCAAUGGCUCCGCGGUCAUCGUCUAUGGCUCUCCACCAGUCCUCUCUGGGUCACAAUCCUCUCAAGAGACAUCGGGACGCUGAUGAUGAGGGCGCCUGCGACCGUCCCGCUCAACGUCUUCGCGCCUAUCCCGAUGGCAAUGCUGCCGCCUUGAACACGGCCCUUGGUGGAUCCGUGGACAAGUCGUUACUGGUGUUCCGUCACAAGAUGAAGAUGAUCGAAGAAUGUAUUGAGUUCACCUUCGGCAAGAUCAUCGACCGAAUCUCCCCGGGUAUGGGACGACAGGAGACCAAGCCGCCGGGGUUUCCGGGAGCGUGCGAGUCGAUCAUUAAUGAUCUUUUCAAGGACGUGGGCAUGUCUGUUGCCCGGGCCUUGUUGCGCAUUGACAAGGCAUCUGCUGCAGAACGUGCAGCCACGAACACGAACUAAAAUCGAUCGACAUAUCGAUACACACAUACGACAUUCGUACAUAUAUACCUUCAUGAUGAUUGAGUGAUAUGAGGUUUCUUUACGUCUAUACCUGAUCUUUGGCUUAGCUUGAUUCACCGUUUCAGCACGCUACAUUUUUUUCUCAUUUCCUAAUUUGCAUUUCA